AUGCGAUUUUCGCGAUGCAAGAAACUCCAAGUUAGAGGAUUGAAAUACAUCAACAGCCAAAGGAACCACAUUUCGCUAAACGAGUGCGACUAUGCAAGAAUCUCGGGUCUCGACAUUAGAGCCCCUCAGACGAGCCCCAACACGGAUGGAAUCGACAUAAGCGCCUCAACAAACCUCGACAUUCUCAAUUGUGUCAUGGCAACCGGGGACGACUGCAUUGCCAUUAACGGUGGCACUUCGAAUGUCCAAAUAAAAAACAUAGCAUGUGGUCCGAGACACGGAAUAAGCAUCGGGAGUUUAGGGAAAAACGGACUUCACGAAGAAGUACAAAGAAUAAACAUAUCUAACUGCAUUUUUAGAAGAACACAAAAUGGUGUGAGGAUCAAGACAUGGCAGGGUAGUUCGGGAUUCGCCAAGAAUAUAGUCUUCUCGGACAUAACCUUCGUAGAAGCUAAUAACCCGGUUAUCAUCGACCAAUUCUACUGCCCUCACUUGAAAUGCAGCAAGAUAGUAAGCAAUUUUCAUCAUCAUAACAUAAUAUUAUUCCCAUUUCAAACACUUCAAACUACCGAAUAA